AUUGAACUGUUGAAUUCGGUUGCCUUUGUAAUAGUAAUAUCCCCUUCAAAAGUUUGGAAGUUCAAAUUACAUGCCAUUACCGUGGCUUAACUUCUGAUGAUUGAUUAUACUUUCGCUCCUGUUGCUUAAACAGGAAAAUUGUUUUGAUCUUCUGUGGCCAAAUUGUUAUCAUCUUGCUCAAUCUUUCUGGGAUUAUUUAAUAAAAUAUGUUAACUUCUUGAGUUUAGUAGAAGAGAUGGUUGAGUUCUAUGCAAAGAGUCUUGAGGGAGUCUGUUUGAUUCCUUGUAUUUGUAUACUUGGUGUGUUAAACAGUGUGUCUGAAGACAAGACUCUGGUGAUACUUCUGGUUAUUCUUAAUUCUGCUUCAAUUUUAAAGCAUGGUUGUAAAUCAGCGAUUGGUACUACAAAAAUAGAUUCUAACCAUACUCAAGUAGUGUAGAUCAUGUUUAACUGUGCCGAUCGUCGAAUUGGAAGCUCCAUAAUCGAAAAUAAAUCGGUAGCAAUGGAGCCCACUUGCUACUGAUAGUCUUCUAACUCAACUAUAUAUAUAUAUAUAUAUAUAUAUAUAUUCCUGGAACUUAUGAUCCAAAACCAAUCAGCUUAUAAUGCAUUAGAUUUUUCAGCAGAAAAUUAUAAUCAAAGUUUAUACUCUUGAUAACUUCUCAGGAUGGAAGGUGCUAAGUCAUAUGCAUGGCGCCGUGCUCUUAUCUGGGUACUGAUAUUUUUGAAAGUGGAAGGUUAUUUUGUGGAUAUCACAUAUGUCGAAGACGCUGUAGCAAAAGGGGCAGUUUGUUUGGAUGGAAGCCCACCUGCAUAUCAUCUGUCCCCAGGUUUUGGGUCAGGGGUGAACAAUUGGUUGGUUCAGAUUGAGGGAGGAGGAUGGUGCAACAAUGUUACAACUUGCCUGGCGCGCAAGGUUACACGUUUAGGAUCCUCUAAGCAAAUGGUGAAGCAGCUGGCAUUUUCUGGAAUCCUAAGCAACACUCCUCCACUUAAUCCAGAUUUCUAUAAUUGGAAUAAGGUCAAGGUUCGUUAUUGUGAUGGUUCAUCAUUUACUGGUGACGUAGAAAGAGUAGAUCCUGUAACCAAUCUUCACUACAGAGGAGCAAGGGUGUGGCUUGCUAUUAUGGAGGAUCUGCUUGCCCGAGGAAUGGACAAGGCCGAGAAUGCUCUUCUUUCUGGGUGUUCAGCUGGUGGGUUGACAUCCUUACUUCACUGUGAUAACUUUCGUGCACUUUUACCAACGGGUGCCAAUGUAAAAUGCCUCUCUGAUGCUGGUUAUUUUAUUAAUGUGAAGGAUAUUACUGGAACAGCUCACAUUGCUGCAUUCUUUGAUGAUGUGGUGACAACACAUGGCUCGGCAAAGAAUUUGCCAUCUUUUUGCACUUCAAGAAUGGCUCUGGGCUUGUGUCUUUUUCCCCAGUACUUGGUGCAGCAGAUACAAACGCCACUCUUCAUAUUAAAUGCGGCAUAUGAUUCAUGGCAGAUAAAGAAUAUUUUGGCACCGGGUGUUGCUGAUCCCCAUGGUACUUGGCAUGACUGUAAGCUUGAUAUAAAACAGUGCUCUUCAUCUCAACUUCAAAUCAUGCAAGGUUUCAGAACGGAAUUUCUGGAUGUGUUGGCUGAACUUGGAAGCUCUUCGUCUAGAGGGAUGUUUAUAAACUCCUGCUAUGCCCAUUGCCAAUCAGAGAUGCAGGAGACGUGGCUCGCAUCCAAUUCUCCCAUGCUUCAAAAUACUACAAUUGGAAAGGCUGUAGGAGACUGGUUUUACGGUCGCAGUGCCUUUCAGAAGAUCGACUGCCCUUACCCGUGUGACUCCACUUGCCAUAACCGCAUAUUUGAGGACUACUCGGCCGCAUAGCAAUUACAGUACCCUUGCCUCUUAUUCUCAUUCAUUAUAUUGUAUCUGUUCGAGUAAUUUAUGCUCAAAAUUGAGCAAGUGCUAAAGAAUAAUCUCUUCAAGAAUAACAAAAUGUAUAAGAAUUUGACUUCACGGGUACUUUCAAUCAAAGUUCUUUUAUUUGUCCGGCA